UUUCCUAUCAGUUGCACAGUCGCUCUGGUCGUGGUCGGACGUAUACCAGGCGGCGAACUCGUAAAUAUUUAUUUUUUUCCAUACAUCAAUUCACCAACUCCUUAGCCUCCAAAUUAUUUUAACAAUUUCGUACGACACAACCGCGUUUAUUUUGCAAUAACGUUUCGCGUGCUUCAGAAGGCUACCGGACCGACAGUGUUGUGAAAUUAAAUUCGCUUUCGGACAUGCGAGUUGUAUAAUUCGUACUUCGUCGAGGAUAUACAAGUGUCGAUUAUCCAGUCAAGUGAUGUGGUAACAGACCUCACAAUGUUGUCUAUGGAGUCAUUAUGGUGUUCUUCAGAGAGCGAACUCUCCAGUCUAAAGAUAGCGAAGACCGCUGAAAGACCGGAGUACAGAUUCUCAAGAAGACGAUCCUCCAAAAGUUUGAUACCCCAGGCUCUGUUGCACUGUCCGGAGCCACAACCGAAGGCUCACCGUCGUCGAAGAUCUGGCACUUGGCCGAGGACCAGAUCUCUGAACGCACCCUCUCCCAUCCAGCAGUUUGGACCAUGUGGCAGGAUAAUGAAAAACUCGGCAAUGGUUAUGCAAAUCCAGGACCCGGCGUCGCAGCGGCUGACCUGGUACAAACCGCCGCUUACAGUGCUCGUCAUCAAGAAGGUGCACGAUGCCAGCAUUCUCGCAUCAUUCGUUCAGCUCGUCCACUGGCUCGUUCAUGACAAAAGUAUGGUAGUCUUCGUGGAGGCGGCAGUAUUGGAUGACACACUGCUAGCGGAGUACGGGGACUUCGCGUCAGUGCGGGAGCGGCUGAUGACCUUCCGUGCUGGUACCGAUGACCUCACAGACAAGAUAGACUUCAUCAUCUGUCUUGGGGGAGACGGCACGCUGUUACACGCCAGCUCACUCUUCCAGCAAUCCGUUCCUCCAGUAAUGGCGUUCCACUUGGGUUCCCUCGGGUUUCUGACUCCAUUCGAAUUUAACAAUUUUCAAGAGCAAGUUAUGAAUGUUUUAGAAGGUCACGCAGCGCUAACAUUGCGGUCACGUCUCCAGUGCGUGGUGCUGCGGAAGACCAGCAACGAGGAUAAGAACAAGAAGAAGCCGACCACCAUCCUGGUGCUGAAUGAGGUGGUGGUAGACCGCGGACCCUCGCCAUACCUCUCCAACAUCGACCUCUUUCUUGACGGAAAACAUAUCACCUCCGUACAAGGCGAUGGGUUGAUAGUGUCGACGCCGACGGGCAGCACGGCGUACGCUGUGGCGGCGGGUGCCAGCAUGAUCCAUCCCUCCGUGCCCGCCAUCAUGGUCACCCCCAUCUGCCCGCACUCCCUCUCCUUCAGACCAAUCGUCGUGCCCGCAGGGGUUGAACUCAAGAUAACUCCUAGCCUAGAGGCGCGUAAUGUCGCCUGCGUUUCAUUCGACGGUCGCUCGCAGUUGACACUUAGACCGGGCGAUAGUCUAUACGUGACGACGUCAGUAUACCCAGUGCCGUCGAUAUGCGCACAGGAUCAAAUCUCAGAUUGGUUCGACUCUUUAGCCGAAUGCCUGCACUGGAAUGUUCGCAAGAAGCAGAAGCAAAUCGAUGAGCUAAGUGACAUGACGCACUCCUCCAGCGAUACACUCGAGGAACUUGACGCCAACCACCACGAUGAUAGGCCCGCGGACACGUGACCAUACCAUAGACGACAUGGAUGUUUAUAGACUGGAAGAUUUGUCUAUGGCCUCAAUAAAAUGUAUUUUUAUGCGGCACUACUCUAAUAUUGUGUCAAAAGUAUAUUUGCUAUGUUUCAAUAAAGUAAAUGAGAUUUUAAACUCAAAUGUGGACAUCCCAUCCAUUAAUAAUUUGAUUGAAAUCUUGUAUUUAUAAUUGUUACUAUAAGUAUCAGUUAUCGACGAUUAUGAAUGAAAUAAAUGUUUUGACAUAUGAAUUCUAUAAUUUAGACUGCACAAUUAAUUUUAUUAUCUAAAAUAUAAGUUAUGUAUGUUAGUGUAUUAUGUUGGACAAAAAAUUAUUUUAAUUUUUUAAUAAAAUUACAUCAAAAGUAAAAUAUUAUUUAUAUUUGUUUCAUUCUGUUCAUAAUCGUCAUAAUAUAUUAAUAGGUAUGUCCAUGUAAUAUAAUGCUGAUAUUCUUGACUGGUUUUAUAAAUCUUUGGAUGUGUGAUCUAUGGUUAAGAAAACUUUUUUUUAUUGUUGGAAUGAAAUUGUAUACACCUGUGUUCCCAAUUUUCUUAACAUUCCUUU